AUGGGUGGAGUUGUUCGGCAGGCUCUUGAAAAAUUAUGUGUUGUAAUAACGAUCGUUCUUAUUUACGAGAACGCACUGGUUUUUUAUCAGCAUCUUUUUCCGUAUUGGUGGUCUCAUGGAUUUUAUAGACAAUUUUUCUUUAAUUUAAUCGUUGGACAUUGGCUAGUGAUUAAUACAGUUAUGCAUUAUUACUUCGGAAUUACAAAAUCUCCGGGUUUUGUUGCUGAUUUAAAAAUAGACAAAUCAACUCAAGACGCAUUAGGUUAUACGAAAUGUUUGAAAUGUGGUGUGAUGAAACCGCCGCGAGCACAUCAUUGUAAAGUUUGUCAAAAAUGUGUUGUUCGUUAUGAUCAUCAUUGCCCGUGGAUUAACAAUUGCGUUGGAUAUAAAAAUCAUGUACAUUUUCUUUUAUUUUGUGUUUAUAUGGCGAUGAUUGCAGCUUAUGCUACUAUUGUUGGACAACAAGAAUUUCAACUAGUAAUGUUUCAUGAUCAGAUACUUUUCCGUCUAUGCGAUCCUAUUUUACGACCCUAUGAUAUAACUAUGGCUAUUAUAGAACACGAAACUAUAGGUCCUAUUACUGGUGUAUUGACCCUCUUUCUUUUUCUUGCUAAUCUUGUCGCAAUGGGCCUUGUCUUGACUUUAACUAUAUGGCAAAUGAGUCUUAUAACUAAAGGCCAAACAUGUGUUGAAGAAAAAAUCGAUAGAUCCAUCGUGAUUAAUCCUGCACAACAAAAACAAGAACGCCCGUAUGAUUUAGGAUGUAAACUAAAUUGGACCACAUUUUUUGAAACUAAUAGGAUUAGUGCACUUUUAAUUCGAUUAUUAAUUCCUUUUCCGUUUCAACCCACACACGAUGGUACACAAUGGAUAUCAAAAUAUAAUAAAUAG